CCUCAUUAACUAACUCUGACAACUCCACAUCUUCUUCUUACCACCCAAUACCCCAAAUCCAAGCCCAUUUCCCAGAAACCUGGACACAUGGAAACCCUAGAAAAAUACUUUCCUUUUGGCGGUGCAGCACCCUGUUUUCUAGCCCCUCAAUGUGCUUCCCUUUGAGGUUUACGCCUUUCUUCUUUAUAAACACCCACUGUUGUAAACUUUGCUCUUUUUUCCUUUUACCAGCUGUGUCUCAACAAGGCAUCUUGGUGAUGGUGAAAAUGGCAUCUGAUCUGAACAGAACUUUGUCAAAAACAUACAUUGGUCUGCAGUUGUGGGUGCUUAUUGUUAUUGGCUUAGGAGUGGUUUUUUUAGUUAUCCUUGGCAUAUCUCUGUGGCUUAGUUUCCGAAAGAUAUCCAGAAGGGCUAAUGACAUUCUUCCUUUUAGGCAAGCACCUUAUGUUUCAGAGGAAAUUAAAGAGAUAAGAGUUGACCAAGUGUCGGCGAACAAGGAUGGUCUGAACACCCUUAACAAUAAAUUCAGUUACCGAGAUUCAGAGAAUGUUUUGUUUAAUGUAGAUAAUGGAGAUGAUAGUGGCCUGUAUGGUUCCUUUAAUCAUUUGGAGAAAAAUGUUAAAGGAUCUCAACCAGGAAAAGAGGAAGGCACUGGGCCACUUUCCACAUACAGGCCUUCUUCACAUCCUUUGACUGCUCCUUCACCUUUGUCUGGCCUGCCUGAAUUUUCGCACCUAGGCUGGGGUCAUUGGUUCACUCUGAGAGACCUACAGCUUGCAACUAACAGGUUUUCAAAGGAUAAUAUUAUUGGUGAUGGCGGAUAUGGAGUCGUUUAUAGAGGCAAUCUGAUUAAUGGUACCCCUGUAGCUGUCAAAAAGCUCCUUAACAAUCCGGGACAAGCUGACAAGGAUUUCCGGGUGGAAGUUGAAGCCAUUGGUCAUGUGCGGCAUAAAAACUUAGUUCAACUUCUUGGGUACUGCAUUGAGGGCACGCAAAGGAUGUUGGUUUAUGAAUAUGUCAAUAAUGGCAAUUUGGAGCAAUGGCUCCGUGGAGAUAUGUGUCACAAGGGAUAUCUUACUUGGGAGGCUCGCAUAAAGAUUCUUCUUGGCACUGCGAAGGCGUUGGCUUAUUUGCAUGAGGCUAUUGAACCAAAAGUUGUGCAUAGAGAUAUAAAAUCGAGUAAUAUAUUGAUUGAUGACAAUUUUGAUGCUAAGAUAUCUGAUUUUGGUCUGGCCAAAUUGCUAGGAGAUGGGAAAAGUUACAUCACAACGAGAGUUAUGGGUACCUUUGGUUAUGUUGCUCCAGAAUAUGCCAACUCUGGCCUCCUGAAUGAGAAGAGUGAUGUUUAUAGCUUUGGAGUUGUGCUCUUAGAAGCAAUUACUGGAAGAUACCCAGUAGAUUAUGGUCGCCCUCAGCCUGAGGUAAAUAUGGUUGAGUGGCUAAAGAUAAUGGUUCAACUCAGACGCUCAGAGGAAGUAGCUGACCCUAACAUAGAGACUAGACCAUCAACUAGUGCUCUUAAACGGGCUCUUUUGACCGCUUUGAGAUGUGUUGAUCCUGAUGCUGAUAAAAGACCAAAGAUGAGUCAGGUUGUGCGCAUGCUUGAAUCAGAUGAGUAUCCUAUUCCUCGAGAGGAUAGAAGACGCCGAAGGAAUCAGGCAGGGAAUUCAGAUGCUGAUCCCCAGAGGAAAAACUCUGAUGCUGAUAGGAGUGAUGAUCCAGAUUCAAGGCUGGACAGCAGAAUGCACCAGAACCCCUAGACUUGGUGGAAAAAUGGUUUUAGCUGCUGAGAACAAGGGCAACCAUCAUCCUCACAUUUGUUAAUAUUCUGAUGCCUUGAAGUGGCCUAUAGUUGAUAUCGAAAACAUGCCUCAGAUGCAGGCAACUGAUGGAUUUUGGAGCUUUGAAUUGCAUAUCUACUUCUAGAUUCCAGAGAAGAUUAGUUUGUGUCCGGAAAUGGCAUUGCCAUGAGACACCGCAGCCACUAGAUUUUCUGUACAUAUCUAUAUGAAUUCUAUAUAAUUUUCCCCCGUUCAUUUGGUUUAGGUAUUGUAGUUAGUUUUAUGAAUUUUUUGUUGCUCUAAUGGAGAAAAUGAAAGAAAAAUGCUGGUAAGAAAUCUGAUUAUGUGAGUACAGGGAUGGCAAGUACUCUACACUUGUUUCCGUGUGAUAGUUGUGUAAGCAUUGUUGAAAUACUAAAGCAGGUUGAGGUUUUGAUUU